AUGGCUUGGAACUCGAGCAUCAUUAAUGUCACGUUCUGUGUGGUGGAAGAUGAGGAACCACACGAUGAGGCCCAUCAAGAAUUUUACGAAGUUUCCCGAAUGAUUACGGGAUUGAUAUUAUAUCCGUGUAUAUGUUUUCCGGGAUUGUUAGGAAACAUAUUAACGUUAAUUGUGCUGUCCCAGAAUAAUAUGCGAACCUCGACCAAUGCUUUCUUGAGUGCUUUAGCAGUUUCAGACGGAAUAAAGCUGAUUAAUGAUAUUCUAUACUUCUUAGUUAUAGUGUUCUACAAAACAGAUACCACAAUCGGGAACCGAGCGUAUGGUUAUUUGUAUCCUUACGCACAUUUUAUUUUUAACAUGUCAACUUGCGUUUCGUCAUGGUUGACAGUUUCUGUAGCCGUUGAACGCUAUAUACUUGUAUGUCAUCCAACACGUGCGCGCACAAUAUGCAAUAGACAGAGAGCAGUUUACACGUGCGUUGGUGUAUAUUUAGUGAUGAUCGCCUUGGCUAUACCUUCUGCCUUACGUUAUAGAACUAUCUGGUGCAUUGACCCAGAAACAAACGUUUCAAUGAUUCACGUGAUGCUAACAGAGAUGUGGAAAAAUCAAACAUUUGUGAUAACGUACACUUGGGCUCAAAAUUUAAUUCGGUCAAUUAUUCCUUUAGUAGUUCUAGUCGCUUUAAAUGCAUGUAUUAUUGGAGCCUUGCGAAAAACACGUGCUAAUAAGCGCAACAAUUCGCGACAUCGUGUGACAGUAAUGAUGAUUAUAGUUAUCGUUGUGUUUAUGGUGUGCAUUACGCCGGACGCUAUCAUGUCAACCGUAUUCGGUUACGGCUACCACGAGGCGGGUAAUUUAGUCAAAGGUAUUCGUGAGUUUACAGACACUUUGUUAGCCUUAAAUGCUGCCACCAACUUUAUUGUGUACUGUGUUUUUAAUAAGGUGUUCAGGAACAGCUUCACGAGCUUGUGCUGCCGAGAUCAGAGUCCGAGCAAAUUCACUAAGGAAAUGGACGAAUCGCAAUAUAGACGCUUAUCAGAAGCCAAAUCAAAUGCAAAAUCAAACAAUGAUGCUGUUAAAGCGGCAAAGAUGGCUAUAUUGAAAGCGAGGAAUAGCACGGGUGUACCACCACAACAGUUUCCGUUGACGCAAACAACAUGUCAUCAAGACUCCAAGCCUCAAACGACAAUAAAUUCGCAAACGCCACCGAACUCGGUGUAA